CGGGAGGAGGGCGCUCCGCUGCUGAGGCGAAUGGGGCGGCAUCCUCGGUGGGGGGCGGCUGUCCCGGGGGAUUCCCGGAGAGCGGUCGGAGGAAGGCAGGGGAUCCCGGACCCCAGCUCGCCGUCUUCCCCGGACAAGGAGGGGGUGGUGUCCUGAGGCAGCCGGGAGAAGGGCGACGCCGGCAGCGGAGGACGAGCAUUCCCUCCCGCCGGGGACCCCCGAGCCGCCAUGGGUAACACCACGAGCGAACGGGUGCCCGGGGAGCGCCACGGCUCCAAGUCCCACCGCGCCGAUGGCGCCGGCGGGCAGUCGCACGGCAAGGAGCACCCGCACAAGAUCAUGGUGGGCAGCACAGACGACCCGAGCGUCUUCAGCGUGCCCGACUCCAAGCUCCCUGGGGACAAAGAGUUUGUGUCCUGGCAGCAAGACUUGGAGGACUCUGUCAAGCCCAUGCAACAGGCCCGUCCCACGGUCAUCCGAUGGUCUGAGGGAGGCAAGGAAGUCUUUAUCUCUGGAUCCUUCAACAACUGGAGCACCAAAAUCCCACUCAUUAAAAGCCAUAAUGAUUUCGUUGCCAUUUUGGAUCUCCCUGAAGGGGAGCACCAGUACAAGUUUUUUGUCGAUGGCCAGUGGGUCCAUGAUCCAUCAGAGCCUGUUGUUACCAGCCAGCUCGGCACCAUCAACAACCUGAUUCACGUCAAAAAGUCUGAUUUUGAGGUUUUUGAUGCUCUGAAGUUGGAUUCCAUGGAGAGUUCAGAGACUUCAUGUCGAGAUUUAUCCAGUUCUCCACCAGGGCUUUAUGGUCAAGAAAUGUAUGUUUUUCGAUCUGAGGAGCGCUUCAAAGCUCCACCCAUCCUCCCUCCUCACCUUCUCCAGGUUAUUCUUAACAAGGACACUAAUAUUUCUUGUGACCCGGCACUUCUCCCUGAACCAAACCACGUCAUGCUCAACCACUUGUAUGCGUUGUCCAUUAAGGACAGCGUGAUGGUUCUCAGUGCCACUCAUCGCUACAAGAAGAAGUAUGUGACCACGCUGCUGUACAAGCCGAUCUGAAGGGACGCUCUCGGCUGUCCCGGCCCUGGGAGGCGUGCCCCCUAUCUCUGUACUGAACCCCAGUUGUAGCUUAGAAUUGAAAACUGACUUGACCUUUGAGGCCAGUUGAUGUGUUUCUGAGCCUCCUUUGAAUAGACUGUUCUGCUUUUCCAUUGGACUGCGGGAGAGCAUGUGCGUGUGUGCGUGUGUGUGUGUAUGCGGGUGUGCAGUUUUUUUUUUUAAGGGAAAAGGGUGGGCUCAUACAUAUAUAUUGGACAUACAGUAUGUUAAUGUUAUUGGAAACCUAGCCACUGCCAAAUCUCUAUCUUAGGAUGCCUGUUGGGUGCUUUCCAGAGGUUUGGGGGAACAGAAGUAAGCACCCCCCUUCAAGUCACCUCCCCGACCUGCUGGAACAACAAACGUAUAGGAGUCUUGUCUGGCAGAGAACCCAAGGACAAAAGGGGGUCCCGCGUUGGCCUGGUGCUCCCCUAGGAUCCCCCACAUCUCCCUGUGGAAGCCGUCCCUGAUAAGUGGAAGGCCUGUCUUUUCUCAAGGGCCCCAAAGCUGUGAUUUUUUUUCUCCCUAUAUAAUACUGUUUAUUCUCCCCCUUGAGGACAAAGCUUAGAGACAUGGGUGAAGGUCCCUUGAAGGGCGGUGGUGUAGGGACCCCAUUUCCAGGCUGAAUUGUCUGGGGAUACCCUUUCUCUUUAGAACACAAGCCAAAAUGCUCUCCACGGGCUGGCUUUAGUUCCAGUGAAGAAACACAUAAAGUCCUGAGAAUGACAGAUUCCACCUCAUGCAGGCUUGCUUUCAGCUCCCUCCAGCAUGAAAGGGAGAUCUCGUUCUUGAGCCUGGCCUCGGAGAACUUACCUGUGGGCAGCCUUCCCUGGGCCUACCAUUAAUAUAAUGCCAUUAUGAGCGUAUGUGUGCAUUAUGUAUAUGUAGUCUAAUGCCAUUAUAUAGUAAUAACUGACAUUUCUAUAGUGCUUUAAAGUUUACAGAGCAUUUUAAUCUCUCAUUUGACUCUAAUAACCCGAUAAAGUAGGUUUUACAUUAUUUUUCUCAUUUUACAUAUGAGAAAAAAUUGAAUGUAAGAGUAAUUAAGUGACUUGCCCUUGGUCCUAAAACCACUGUCAAAGGGGGGAUUUCUAACCUUUAAGUCCAGCCCUCUGAUCUCUCUGCUGUGCUGUGCUAGGUGGAGGGUCACCCUGGUUUCCUUGGCUAGAGAAGGAAAUUCCUUCAGCCCUCAGUUUCUUGCCCUGGAGCUUAGACACAAGUUGACGUCCUUGGUUUAAGCUUUAAGAAUUUUGCCCUGAAUCUUUACAAAGGAUUUGUGGUUUUUGUUUUUUCUCCUCAUUUUAAAAGUAACUUGACUUUGGCUUAGCAGAAAUCAUGGAGCCAAAUUCAUCAUUAGAUUAUUGAGGCUUAAAAUCUUGCAAGUGUCUGUGGGCCUUCCCUUUUUACAGAGAAUUGCAGCUCAUCCAUCCAGCGUUCCAGGAGGCUAAAGCUGUUAGUGGCGGAGGGGCUCCCAGACUGCCUAGGAUGGACCCUGCCUCCCGCCCAUCCUGAGCUGAGCUUGGGGAAGACCUGUGGCCUGGGAAAGUGACCCGGUUGGUUCUCAGCAUCCUCGCCGGCCCGAGGCUUAACCUUAACUGGGUACGUCCUGGUGAUGGGAGGCAGUGAGUGGAACCCAUCGGGGACUUGGCUAAUAAUUGAGCUGGAUUUAAUGCUGCCUUGGACACUUGGGAACCUUCCCCUUUGCACCGGAAAUCUUGUAUGGCCUACUUUGGGUCCAGAUGUCCUUCACCUAAAGUGUUACUCUCGUCAUUGUUGAAAUAGGUCAAAUCCCAUGACACUUGGACAUUUUGUUUGAUGAAAUUUGACUUGAAUUGAGUGUUUUAGAGGUCAGAGAAACAAGACUCAGAAUUUUUUCUGUUACACAGUGAUGUUGCCGGAUUAUUUGUUGUGAGAGGAUUAAACAAAGUUGCAGUCGUUACAUCUAA